GCAGUACAUAGAGGAAGGAAGCUUUGUCUGAUUAUUUCUGGUCCUAAAUCUCCGGCGACAUAGGCGGGUGAGUCGUCAGACGAAGAACACCGGCAACCACCGUGAUCUAAUCCAAUCAACGCCAGCUGGCAUGAGCUGUUGGCAAGAUACACUCAUCCUAAGCAUAACGUGAUGAGCAGCUCAACCUAGCCCUUUUUCUUUUUAACUUUUUAUUCUUGUAUUUUUUUGGUUUGGUUGGGCCGGAAUAUAACGUGAGCUCGAUUGAAUUACAUGGUGCAGAUUUCUGCCACGUGUACAAUAAUAAUGUUGUAUGCAGGAAGGAGAAGAGUUAUGAGAAAGGAAGGUGUCAGGUAGGACAAUAACUUCAAACCCCUGUGGCCUGUGUGGGCUAGUGGGGGUGGGAGGGAAGGGGGGAAAAAGACCCAUUGAAUUUAAUUCGUUAAAUAGUUAAUAGUGUCUUGUUUUGCCUUCAAUUCUUUCACCCUUUUCCCCAGUUAAAAGACAGAGACAGACACUGAGACACCUCCUCAAGCCCUGGCUUGGCUCGGUCAAUAUUGUCAUCUCCCUCUUCCCCUUGGCAUUAUUAUUAUUAUCAGACUAUAUGCAUGCAGAGUGAGAGUACAUAGAUGAAUUAUUACCAGUUAAUGAUAUAUUCUUUCAUGUAUGCAGCUAGUUAGCUGCUAGGUUCGUUAUUCUUCUCUAAUUUGUUUGAUUGAAAGAGAUCUGGGAAAAUCUCUCAGAUCUCUGCAGACAAGUGUCAUUCUUCUGGUAUGUGAUUUCCUUCAAGUUUCAGCAAUCCUAUUCCUUUUGAGGUUUCAAGACUGUUAAAAAGUUAGAGCUUUGAGCAGCCCAAGACCAAGACCAAGCCAAGAGAGAGGAAGACAGAAAAAUAGAAUCUUUAUUUUAUUGGUCUCAAUAAUGCCUGCCUACGCACUGCACUGCAGCUUAAGAAUAUACAAAUCAUGGAGAGGAGAAAAGAAAGUUUAUUUCUCGUCUGCCUCAAGUUGUGUCUGGGUUUCCUUCACGUGAAGCUUACGCUGUAAUAUCCCAAUUGUAAAUGUCCUCCUCCGUUAGUUUUUUCGCAAGCAACGAUGCCAAAUUGCCAAGCCCCACUCUGUUUUGGUUUGGAGGAGCCGCCACUGAGCCAGUAAGAGUAAGAGUAGAUGAGCAAAGUGAUUUUUGUAGCUGUCGAAUGAAUAUGCAUUUUGCAGUUAAGCUUAGUGAUGGAUCGAGUCAAAGAAUGAAGAUGCUAUUGCUCUGAAAAUGAAUCAAAUUGGCGAAAUGGUAGUAGAUCUUGGAGAUUUGGGUUUAGAAAGCGAUUUGGUAGAGUAUCCAAAUCAAUAUAUAAUAAGCUGAAGACGCAAAAAGGAAAGUGAAGUGGUGGCUCAAAAAGGGCAACCACCUUUUUGGUUUUCAAGAUUGAAUAGCUCCAUUCCACAUAUAUGCAUUUCAGAUUCUCAAGUCUGAGUUGGGCUUUCUCCAUCUGAUGCCGCUCUUUUUGGCACCAAAUCCAAGUGCAUUAUUCAUAUGGUGAUCUGAAUAAACACGAACCAACUCAACGAUCUAUUCCAUAGAUUUUGAAAAUGGAGCAACCCUACUGCUUGAUUUCACAUUCAUCGUCAUCAUCGUCAUCAUCGAGGUACUGCUCUCAGAAAGGUCCUAUCUUGCGCUUCUUCUUCUUGUUGUCCUUGUUCUUCUUCUUGUCAGUGGGUUUGGCUCGAGCAGGGGAUGCAGAAGCUCUGUUAAGCCUGAAAUCAACAAUCGAUCCUCAGAACUCGUUGCCAUGGCGGCAAGGAAGCAAUGUGUGCGAGUGGGAAGGCGUGAAGGACUGCAUGAAAGGAAGAGUGACAAAGCUGGUCUUGGAGUAUUUAAACUUGACAGGGGUUCUGGACCACAAGAUAUUGAACCGGCUGGACCAACUCCGAGUCCUGAGCUUCAAGGGCAACUCUCUUUCGGGGCAAAUCCCAGACCUCUCGGGCCUCGUCAAUCUCAAAUCCAUCUUCCUAAACGACAACAACUUCUCCGGCGUUUUCCCGGCUUCCAUUGCGGACCUGCACCGCCUGAAAGUUGUGGUUCUCGCCGGAAAUCAAAUCUCCGGUCCAAUCCCAAUGUCUCUGCUGAAGCUCCGUCGUCUCUACUCUCUGUACUUGCAAGACAACCAGUUCACUGGUCCGAUACCCCCGCUCAACCAAACCUCUCUCCGAUUCUUCAACGUGUCUAAUAACCAACUCUCCGGAGAAAUUCCGAUGACCCCACCUCUGAUUCAGUUCAAUGCUUCGUCGUAUUUGGGCAACGUCAAUGUCUGCGGCGUGCAGAUUGACAAACAGUGUGGGGGCAGUGUAGGGUUUCCACCGUCGAUGAGCCCAAGCGAUCAACCAAGCCCAGCGUCAAAAUCAAAGCGUGGCAAAUUGAUAAAGAUAGUCGCAGGAAGCGUAGGUGGGCUCGUGGUGGUCGUAAUCUGCUUGGUUCUGGUGUGGAUGGUGUGCAGGUGGAGUCGCGGUCGUCGUCUUGGUCGUGGUGGGGAGGCCACCAGGAGCAAAGCCGGGGUAGCUGAGCUGGCAGCAGAGAGAGGAUCAGGGGCGGGGCCCACAGGAGGACCAGGUGGUGGUGGUGGUGGCAUGGGAGGUAAUAAUGGUGGGAAACAAGGGGGGUUUUCUUGGGAAGGCGAAGGGCUGGGGAGUUUGGUGUUCUGCGGUCCAGGGGCUCAGCAGAUGAGUUACAGCCUAGAGGAUUUGCUCAAGGCUUCUGCUGAGACACUGGGGAGGGGUACGAUGGGCAGCACGUACAAGGCCGUGAUGGAGUCGGGGUUUAUCGUGACGGUCAAGAGGCUCAAGGAUGCCAGGUACCCAAGGCUUGAUGAGUUUAGGAGACACAUGGACUUGCUUGGUAAGCUCAGGCACCCUCACUUGGUCCCACUCAGGGCCUAUUUCCAGGCUAAGGAGGAACGCUUGCUCGUAUACGAUUAUUUCCCCAAUGGCAGCCUCUUUUCACUUAUUCAUGGUUCAAGAACUUCAGGAGGUGGGAAGCCUCUUCACUGGACAUCAUGUCUUAAAAUAGCUGAGGACUUAGCAAGUGGUGUGCUUUAUAUCCACCAGAACCCUGGUUUAACUCAUGGAAACUUGAAAUCCUCAAAUGUCUUGUUAGGUUCUGAUUUUGAAUCCUGCUUGACGGAUUAUGGUCUCACUUUAUUCCGAGAUCCUGAUUCACUUGAAGAACCUAGUGCAACUACUCUGUUUUAUAGAGCCCCUGAAUGCCGUGACCUCCGAAAACCAACAACCCAACAAGCUGAUGUAUACAGCUUUGGUGUCCUCCUCUUGGAGCUCCUAACUGGGAAGACUCCCUUCCAAGACCUUGUUCAGGAACAUGGUUCGGACAUCCCUAGAUGGGUGCGUUCAGUGCGCGAAGAAGAGACGGAGUCAGGGGAUGACCCUGCCUCGGGCAAUGAGGCAUCAGAGGAGAAACUUCAGGCACUUCUUAAUAUUGCAAUGGCUUGUGUUUCAAUUGCAGCAGAGAACCGACCUACAAUGAGGGAGGUUCUAAGGAUGAUAAGAGAUGCAAGGGCAGAGGCUCAAGUGUCUUCUAACAGCAGUGAUCACUCACCAGGGAGAUGGUCAGAUACUGUUCAGAGCUUGCCGAGGGAAGAACACUUGAGCAUUUGAGUGGUUGGUUGGUAAUUGAAUUUAACUCAAUUGGCGGCUUAAGUUAUGCAUUUUGAUUGAUUCUUUUGGCAUUUGAACUGUGAUUCUUGUUGUACUAGGCAUUGUAUGUAGAGUGCAACCACACUGGUGUAAAGGUUUUGUUUGUGAUCAUUUAUUCUCUUCUCUCCUCUCAUGUAUUGUUUCAGCUAAGUUUAAUUGCACUUUUAAUUAGUUUUUAUUAGAAAGGUAAUUGUAUCACCUUAAGAAAAUUUAAAAAAAAAAAGCUAUUGGCUUGGCUCGUUGUUUGGUU